AUGUGCAGGACGGCCCCCACGUAUCCUCAGCUCACUGACAGGGUGAACUAUCCCCUCAUUCCAAACAUUGCGCUCCAGCGGCUAGACACCUUUCUCUCUGGGCCAUAUGCGACGCAGGGUCUUUUGGAUCAGCGGGAUAUCGCUCGAAUCGAUGAUGAGAAGCAUGUCAAGAUGACGGGCUGGACACCUGAAAAUCCACUGUCUAAGCCGACAUUCAAGGAAGCCAAAGCCGCCCUGAACGGCAAUCAUACGAAGGAUAUCCGAAAGGGUCAUCUGUUUGGACCGUCAUGGAGCAAUCACUGGCUCAAAGUGGAGCUGAUGUUGCCUGAAAGCUUCCAGAAUGUCUCAAAAAGCCAGGAGGUGUUAUGGGAAUUUGACCCUUCUUCCGAGGCUCUGAUCUUUGACGAGGAGGGAAAUGCUAUACAUGCGAUCACUGGAAUUGGCAAAACUGUCGGUCCAGACGAGGAUCCGACCGACUUUGGAGGCAGCAGGACAGACCAUGUCAUUUCGCCUUCGUCGGUAGUUGGCGGCAAGUACUCCGUUUAUGUCGAGGUUUCAUGUAAUGGACUGUUCGGAGCAGCAACACCGGGCACGGAGAUGGCUCCACCAGACCCUAAUCGCACUUUCCUGCUUCGGACGGCCGAUAUUGUGCUUCCCAAUCAGCCUGUUAGGGCGCUGGCACUUGACUUUGCCAUUUUACGCCAGAUUGCCAAGAGCAACCGCAAUCCGCUCUCGAGCCUCUCAGCAAGGGCCUUGAAGGCCUGCAAUGAUAUCAUGGAUACCUAUCGUCAGCCAGAGGGUCACGCGGAAGCGUUCAGGCAGGUCGUGCACACGUGUCGCCUGAUCGCUGCGGAUAUCCUCGGGGAUAUCGACAAGCGGGCGCUGGUUGCUGGUCCAGGAUCGGACCGGACACACGUGUGGGCCAUUGGUCAUUGCCACAUCGACACGGCAUGGUUAUGGACAUACUCCCAGACGCAGCAAAAGGUCGCUCGGAGUUGGUCAACCCAGUGUGAUCUGAUGGAUCGAUAUGACAACUAUCAUUUCGCAGCGUCGUCCGCUCAACAGUAUCUCUGGCUGGAGACUUUAUAUCCUUCCACCUUUGCCAACGUCAAGAGACACGUUCAGUCUGGCAAGUUUCAUCCUGUCGGUGGUGCGUGGCUGGAACACGAUUGCAUGCUCCCUUCGGGUGAAUCGCUGGUUCGGCAGUACCUCUAUGGCCAGCGCUAUUUCAAGUCAAGGUUUGGAGAAUACUGUCGAGAAGCUUGGCUUCCAGACACCUUUGGCUACGCCUCUCAGCUGCCUCAGAUCCUCAGGCUAGCAGGACUGAACUACUUCUUCACCCAGAAGUUAAGCUGGAACAAUAUCACCAAUUUCCCGUACACUUCAUUCAACUGGGUUGGAAUUGAUGGGUCUCAAGUCCUUGCCCACAUGACCCCCGUGGACACGUACAAUGGCCAGUGCAACUACCCCGAGAUUGAGAAGGCAAUGUACAAUAACAAGAAUCUCUCGGUGCUUGACGAAUGCUUGUAUCUAUUUGGUAACGGCGAUGGAGGUGGAGGUCCGACUCCAGAUCAUCUGGACAAACUCGAACGACUCACCUCUCUCGCCCAAACCAAUCCAGAGGUUCCAGGCAUCGCUCUAACCAAGCCGGCAGACUUUUUCGACCACAUAUGUCAAGAGACGCACAGUGGCCAGGACCUGCCGAGCUGGCGAGGAGAAUUGUACCUCGAAUUCCAUCGAGGAACCUAUACCACUCAGGCAAAUGUGAAGAAGGGCAAUCGGACGAUGGAGAGGCUCUUGCGCGACUUGGAAUACUUUGCCACAUUAGCAAGUCUGGCUGACCCUGAGUACAAAUACCCAAAAGCCGCACUGGAUGAAAUGUGGCAGGACACCUUACUUAACCAAUUCCACGAUGUCCUCCCCGGAUCCACGAUCAGUCUUGUGGUGGAUGACGCCCUGGCGAUCUACGAGCGUCGUCAGGAUCAGGCUCACGUGGAGAUCUCCAAGGCGUUGAGUGUUCUCUACCCCAAGUCGGAUGAAGACAGCCUUGUCGUAGCGGAUGCUGUUCCACAGCUGGCCCGCUCAGAAGUCAUGCGGGCAUCCGAAGGGAGGCACAUUCUCGUUGAGACAGACUCAUACGGAGUGCUCCAAGAGAUAUCCGCUUCCGACAUUGGCGCUCCAAGGGCAUACAAGGACGGUCAAAUGUACAAACUUGAGAACGGUGACUUCAGCCUGACCAUUUCUCAUGGUCGGAUCACAUCCCUGGUCGAUCUGCGGCUUGAAAAGGAGCUCAUCCAUCCGGGCCCUGGAGCCUCUACUGGUGGCCUGAUGUUAUACGAAGAUUAUCCGCUCAAGUUUGAUGCUUGGGAUGUCGAGGUGUAUCAUCUCAACAGCUUUGAGGCUCUCGAAUUCGAGGACAUCUACGCUCGACAAGAUUCGCUAAGAGCGAGCCUGAAGGCUGUCGUGACAUUUGGCGACUCCCAAGCUACUUUGACUUUUUCAGUCGAUGCCGUGUCUCGUUCUCACAAACAGGACUCCGAUCGGCGUUCCUCCAUUCGCAUCGAAGCCGACAUCGAUUGGCACGAAACACACAAAGUCCUGAAGUUCGCCCUGCCUAUCGAUGUGCACUCUCCUCAUGCAAUCUUUGGCACACAGUUCGGUCUCGUCGAGCGUCCGACGCAUCGAAACACGCUGGCAGACCAAGCCAAAUUCGAAGUUUGUGGCCAUUUGCUCGCGGACCUUAGUGAACCCGGUUACGGAGUGUCUCUCGUCGCCGCCCACAAAUACGGAUACGCGGUAGAAGGCAACACGAUGAGAUUAACUCUACUGCGGUCGCCGACAUCGCCUGACGCCCACGCAGACAGAGGUCACCACACCUUUGACUUUGCCAUUAUGCCUCAUGUUAGCUCGCUCCAACAGGGAGAAACAUAUCGUCAAGCUUUGGGCUUCGUCAACCCGCCGUACUUGCUCACUGGCGUGCGUCAACGCGAGGGGCCUCACGUACGUUUCCAGAUCGACGGACAAGAGAGCAAGAGCAUUGUGCUGGAUACGGUAAAGCGCAGCGAAGACGGUGAUGGCGUUGUGCUGCGACUCUUUGAAAGUCUCGGCUGCCGUGCCAAAGGCGUACUGUCCAUCUCUGGGAUUCGAGCCAGAAGAGCUAAAUGGGUCAAUAUCCUCGAGGAGCCUAUCGAAGACGUCUUGUCAAAUCUGUCACGGGAUCGAGACGUUAAGAUUUCUCUUGAUUUCCGCUGCUUUGAAAUCAAGACGCUGCUCCUCACCCUCUGA